AGCCAUUUCUAAGUGUUCAGAGAAAAAAGAGCAGACAUUUCUAUAUAAAUAAAGGAAAGCACCUCAGAUGUGAUCAUAGCAGAUAAAAAGAUGUCUCAAGAUCAACUACAUCCCGUUGGUACUCCUCCUCCUCAAGGGUAUCCUCCGGCAAGUUAUCCUCCACCAUCGCAGGGAUAUGGUCAGCCAUAUCUUGCACAAGGGUAUCCUCCGCCGCAAUAUCCUCAAGGUCCUCCGCCCCAGUAUCCGCCACCACAUAAUAGCCAGGCUACGGAAAAGAAGAAAAAGAAGAAGAAGAAGAAGAAAAAAGAAAAAGAUUCAGGACUUUUGGAAGAAUGUCUGGGUAUGCUUUGCUGUUGCUUUGAAUGAAGAGAUGAUAUUCACCGUUGACCGUCUUCGGUAUGCAUCGUAUUUUAUCCCCCAAUAAUUAUAAUUGUUUUAAAAAGACGUGUUUGAUACAUUUUGUUCUGGUUACAUUUGUGUGUAAUUGUGAGUUCACAUAUUGUGUUUGUUUCUGUUCUUUAUUUUCGGUUUAUUGGUUAUAAAUUGGAAUUUUACUUCAGCUCUUGUUUUAUGUAUUUAUUGACUAAUCAAAAAGUUAUGGACCAGUAGUUUUCCAAA